AUGGCGAACCUGGCGCUGGCGGAGGCCCCUUCCACGCAGGUGGAUCAGGAGGUGGGCGACAUCCUGGGAGCUGCAGUGGAUACUCUUUUCCCAGGGACGCGGGAUGCGGAGAUGCCACAGGCCUCGCACUGGGCAAGCGGAAAGACCCGGGCAUGGCUGCGGGCCCUCUCAAGGCAAGGCCAACGCAACCCCACGGGGAGCCAGGAGGCUGGCCAAGAUCCGGGGCAGAGCUCGGAGCAGGGCUCGGAUCCACGGCAGUGGACCCGGGAGAGGACUCGUCAACGGCAGGACGAGAUGUGGCGACAGUGGGAGUCGGGUACGGCAUGGUAUCAGAACGAGGAGAUAAAGAAACUCCGAAAAGAGAUGGGAUAUCUCCAGGAGCAGAUGAGGCUCCUUGCCCGAAUGUCUUUGAGGCAAGAAGACGAGCUCUCGCAAAUGCGAACCGAGAGAGACUUCGUGCUCACUUUCGAGCCGCCGACCCAGGCAGCAGAGGGCAACGAGGCGAACAUGCUGGGACUCCUCUUCCGGGCCAGGAUCACCACAAGCCUGGAACAGCCCGAGGACCGGGAGCAGCUGGCCAUGCUCAAGCUUCUCCGACAGACGGAGGGCGGGGGCAUGGAGUGGCCGUAUCUACGAUGGAGUCAGGAGCAGCUCCUGGAGGAGGCCCCGGUUGCAGCACUGCCCCACACCGACCUCAUGACGGCCCUGGCAACUUUGGAGGAAGCUGGUGGAGAACCAUCAGUCCCCGGUUACUUUCCUGGUAUCCAUCGGAAUGCGGGCAAAAGCCUCCUCUGCUACCGCGCACUGUGCUCGCUAUGCUUCAACGCCAGCUCCCAGCUGCUGAAGCUCCGCAUCCGCCCAGCCAAGAUGGAGAGACAGCCUUUGGCCAAGGUCUUGGCGGAGCACUUCCCACCACCGGAAAUGGCUAUGGGCAGGGGGAAGCAAGGCGAAGGGCAGGGCAAGCAGAGGACAAGCCCGCCUCGAACGAGCCCCUCCCGACAGGCUGCACCCAAGUCACCACCGAAGGCCACGGCAACGGAGGGAGCAGCAGAGGAGCGGAAGGAGGCAACGGAGCAGGCAGCCAGCUGA